CUUUGACGCCUUCUAUUUAAAGUCGCGGGGCCAGCCCGCCCCCCGGGCCGGGAACCCGAGCCGCGCGCCGGGGCAGGGCCGGGCCGGGCCGGGGCCAGAGGCGCAGUCAGAGGGAGAACACCAGGCGCGCGCGGGCGGCUCCGGCUCCAGCUCCGGCUCCGGCCCGGCAGAGGCACGAUGGCGAGCAGCGACAGCAAUCACGCCGCGGAGAGCCCCUUCGGCUCCGACGGGGACGAGGAGGCGACCCGAAGGCCGGAGAGCGACGAGGACGAGGAGGACGAGGAGGACGAGACGGCCGCCGAGUCGGAGGAGGAGCCGGACGCCAGAUUAUCAGACCAGGAUGAAGAGGGCAAGACCAAGCAGAAGUGUAUCAUAAAUGACCCCUCCUUUUCCAUGGUGACAGUUCAACGGGAAGAUAGUGGAAUAACCUGGGAGACCAAUUCAAGCAGGUCUUCUACUCCUUGGGUCUCGGAAGAAAGUCAGACUUCUGGUGUAUGUAGUCUGGAAGGGUCAACUAUGAAUUCUUCUCCAGGGAAUGUUUCCUUUAUUGUGGAUGAAGUUAAAAAGGUUCGGAAAAGAACACCUAGGUCAAAGCGUGGCUCACCAUCAUUGCGUCGUAAAGGCAACAAAAAGAGAAAUUCUUUUGAAUCUCAGGAUGUUCCAGCAAAUACAAAAGAUAAUCUUUUAAUUUCAGAAAGCCAGGUACUAAACAGUCAGAAAGAGAAGUCAUCUAGUGGCGUUCAUGAUAAAAUAAGAAAAAAGAAGACCACCUCAAACACACCUCCUAUUACUGGGGCAAUAUACAAAGAACACAAGCCCUUAGUGUUAAGGCCAGUUUACAUAGGAACAGUACAAUAUAAAAUUAAGAUGUUUAAUUCUGUUAAAGAAGAAUUAAUUCCUCUACAAUUUUAUGGGACAUUGCCAAAGGGUUAUGUAAUUAAAGAAAUACAUUAUAGGAGGGGGAAAGAUGCAUCCAUUAGUCUAGAGCCAGAUUUGAGCAAUCGUGAUUCUAACUUAGUUUCCAAAACAGGCAAAUUAGUAGCCCCAAGCAUAGAAGAUGAUAAAGUAAAAGGGCUUGCUUCACCCUGGAGAGGUGUACUCUCCAAAAGAUCAGAGUCCUCGACCUCCUCAUUCAGUCAUGAAGAUGAAAAGAAAAUUUACGUUGAUUCUCCCCUAAAGGUCACAUCUGCCACCAAGCACACAGUUUCCUCUUAUGCAAGUAAUGACACAGCAGAACAAGAAACACAGCUCAGCCCUCCACAGUUAGUGCCACAACAACCAGGCGAUGAAACAAAACUCCGUGAAAUGGAGUCUUCCCCUCUUACACCUGAUACAUCUACAACUGGGUUCCUGGGAAGAGCAAAGGAAGAAUUUGAGCCUGAUUCACGAGAAAUUGUGACAUCAGAGCAUGACUCUUCAGUCUCACCACCUUCAGUGGAUGAGGUAAAGAAGGAAGAUGUGUAUUCUGCUGACCAUUCCAUUUCAUUGGAGGCAGAAAAGGUUUCUCGGGUAACAGGUUUACCAGGUCUGGCAGCAUCCAUCCAGGAGGAUUUUGGCCCAGAGACAGAAGGGGUGGACCUGACUUCAACAGAAAGGGCAGAACUGGUCUCUGAAAAAUGGAGCCCUCCUCAUCUUGAUGUCAAAGGAGUGGAGGAAGAAAAUGUGCCUGAGCCAUCCAUUUCUCUUUCUGAACCUCCAGUAUUAGAGGAAUCAAAGAAAGAAAUAGAAACUUCUCUACCAAUAGCCACUACCCCUGAGUCUGAAGAUUCUAAUUUAGUGGAAGAAGAGAUCAUAGAACUUGAAUACCCAGAAAGUCCAUCUAUUUCUGAGAAGCCCUUCCCAUCAUAUUUGGCCCCUGAAGUGGAGCGGAAAGAAGAGGAAAUCACUUUACCAUCACUGAAAACAUCAACACCUGAAUAUGUUGCUUCAUCUGAGGAAGAAAGAGAGGAAAAUGAGUCUGUUUCUACUGAUUCUGCUUUUGUAUCAGAAUAUUCAGUCCCACAGGAUUUGAACCAUGAACCAGAGAAGCAAGAAGUUGAGCCAGUUCCUCCAUCCACUGUGAAAGGUAUAUCUGAACAUGCAGUUUUUUCAGAAGAGGAGAAUGAGGAAUUUGAGCCUUUGGCCUCUGCGUCUGAACGCUCUCUCUCACCAUCCACAACUGAGAAGACUUCUGAAUGCCAGUCCCCACUGUUUUCAGCAGCUAUCUCAGAACAUGUGGUCCUGUCUGGAGAAGAGGCUUCAGAAAGUGGAUAUUACACACCAGAUUCCACAUCUGCUUCUGAAUAUUCAACUCCAUCACAGGCAACAAAAGAGUCACUGAAGAAAACAAUUGACCAUAAGCCCCCAUUAGAAUCAACAGGUGUUUCUGAGCAUGUGAUUCUAUCAGAAGAGAAGGAAGAUACAGCACCAUAUUCCCCAGAUGUGGCCUCUGAAUAUGAACACUCUCUCCCACCAUCCACAACUGAGCAGACUUCUGAAUGCCAGUCCCCACUGUUUUCAACUGCUACACUGGAACAGGCGGUCCUGUCUGAAGAGGACCUAGGAAGUGAGCGUUUCACACCGGAUUCAACAUUGACUUCCCAAUAUGCAGUUCCAUCAAAUGCAGUGCAGGAAUCCCCAAAGAAAAUAAUUGAUGAUGUGUCCCCAUUAAAAUCAAGACCUGUUUCUGAGCACAUGGUUUUGUCAGAAGAAAAGGAAGACACUGGGCCAUAUUCCCCAGAUGUGGCCUCUGUAUCUGAACACUCUCUUCCACCAUCCAUAACCGAGCAAACUUCUGAAUGCCAGUCCCCACUGUUUUCAACUGCUGCACUGGAACAGGCAGUCCUGUCUGAAGAGGACCUAGGAAAUAAGUGUUUCACACCGGAUUCAACAUUGACUUCCCAAUAUACAGUUCCGUCAAAUGCAACGUAUGAAUCCCCAAAGAAAAUAAUUGAUGAUGUGACCCCAUUAAAAUCACAGGGUGUUUCUGAGCACAUGAUUUUGUCAGAAGAAAAGAAGGAAGACACUGGAUUGUAUUCCCCAGAUGUGGCCUCUGUGUCUGAACACUCUCUCCUACCAUCCACAACUGAGCAGACUUCUGAAUGCCAGUCCCCACCACUUUCAGCCACUCCAUCUGAACAUGUUGUCCUAUCAGAAGAGACAGUAGAAAUUGAGCGAUACACACCCUCUUCCACCUCAACUUCUGAAGUUUCAGUACCACCAUAUGCAACACCCGAAUCACAGGAGGAAGAAAUUAUCCGGAUAUCCCCUUUAAAUCUAAAAGGGGUCUCCUCACCCACGAAUUUCUCAGAGGGAGAGCAAGAAGACAUUGGACCUUUUUCUCCAGACUCAGCAUUUGUGUCAGAAUUCUCAUUUUCACCCUAUGCAACUCAGGAAAUAGAGAAAAGAGAAUUUGAAUGCGAUUCUCCAAUAUGUUUAACAUCACCAUCUGAACACACUAUUUUGUCAGAUGAAGACACUGAAGUUGAACUUUUCUCUCCAGACUCAGCAUCACAAGUUUCAAUUCCACCAUAUAGAAUCCCAGAAACAAAGAAAAAUGAAUUUGAGCAUGAUUCACUGGUAACUACAAUAUCUGCCUCAGGAUACUCUUGCUUUUCAGAAGCGGAUGAGGAAGACAUUGCACCAACAGCUGCAACACCUGUACCUGAGCACCUCAGUUCAUCACAGAAGCAACAAGCCAAACCUUCCCCUUCACUGUCUGCACCUGAAGACUCGAGUUUGCCACCUUCAGCAAAUAAAAGAGAGAUCACAGAAGUUCAGCCAGAUGCUCAAACAAUCUCAAGACCUGUAUCUGAAUAUCUCAUUUUGGCACAGGAGCAGAUAACUCGAGCAUUUUUAGAACCUGACUCUGAGGACUUGAUUCCAUCAUAUUUAACCAGUGAAAUGGAUAAGGGAGAAAUUCAGACUAUUUCAUCAGUAGCUGCAAGACCAGUUUCUUUACCUGAACAAUCAUUUACAGUAAAGGAAGACAUCAAACCUGUUGUGUGUUCAUCUCAAUAUUCAGCUUCACCUGAUUCAGUUCAUGCACUUAAGGAGGAACAAGAACUCAAAGCUUCACUCACUCCAAAAGCUGCAAAUGAACAGAUGGCUUUGUUAAAAGUUAAAAGUAAGGAAGAAAUUGUGCCUGAUUCUCAAGAAGCUACAGCACAUGUAUCACGGGAUCAAGAAAUGGAGCCUCAGCCUCCAAAUGUUCUAGGGUCUGGGAUGAAAUAUUCAGUUCUUCCUGACUUGGUAGAUGAGCCAAAGAAGGAUGUGAAACCUAAUUUAGCUCCAACUGUGACAUCUGAACCAGAACAGAGAAUGUUGUCAGAGAACGAACCUGAAGUAAUAAAACCAUAUUCACCUCUAAAGGACACAUCUUUAUCUGGACCUGAGAUUUUAUCAGCACUGAAAACACAAGUGAAACAUGACUCUAAAAUAACUGAUACAUCUAGAGUGCUGCAUUCAGCUCCACCAGGAGUGCAAAAGGGAACUGAACAUGAACCACCUGCACCAGAAUUUCUGGAAGAAAUAAAGAAAGAAAUUGAACCUAGUUGUUCAUUAACCACAACAUCUGUAACUAAGCAUGACUCAGGCUUAACUAAGUUAGCAAAAGAAGAAACCCCAACAGAUUUCUCUUUUACCACCCCUCUAGAACAUCCAGUCUUAACAAAAGUAGAAAAGAGUGAAUUAGGAAGUGAUUUGCCACCACUGGUGACGUCGACAGAUGAACAUCCACUUCUUAAAGAAGAAAAGGUAGCACUGAAAAUUAGUCCUUCUCCUACUGAAACGGCUACAUCUGAACGUCCAGCUUGGUCAGAAGCAGAGAAAGAAAUUAAACUUGAUUCACCUGCAGGAAUAUCCUCUGUACCAGUGCAUUCUUUGUCCAAGGUAGAAACUGAAGAAGUUAAACCUGGGUUGCCAAUAACAAAAGCAUUGUCUUGUCAACAUUCAGAUGUAACUAAAGAAGAGAGGGUGGAAAAUGAACAAGGUGUUUCAUUUUCUACAGUCCUGGACUCUGAACAACUGGUUUUACCAGAGAAAAAGAAUUCUCUGUCUGCCUCAGAGGUGUCAGGGCCUGAACAUGUGCUUUUGCUCAACGAAGGUAGUGAGGUAAAGGAAAAAGAAACCAAACUUUUUUCCUCACAAAACAUGUCACCUGCACUCAAACAGACAGCCCCAGAAUGCAAAAAUGAGGAAAUGAAAAGUUCUCCUGCACUGGAAAAUUUAGCAUCAGAAGAUUUAACUCCAACCCUUGGAGAUGAUAAGAACAAAGAGGCAGAAGAGCCAUCUUCUACAGCGCGGGGAAAUUUCCCAUCAGAAAGACAAGAUCUUGUUCUGGCAGAGCUCUCUUUGGAACCUGAAAAGAAAGACAAGCCAUACCAAGUAUCAGAAUUACUGAGCACUGAGUCAGAAGUCAUUCAUAGUUUAGGUGGGCAAGAUGGAUCCAUAGAUACAAAACACAUAAAAUCUCCCAUAACCGAAACAGGGGAUUCUGUCUUAGAAAAGAGCCUCACUGAACUUAGGAGCAGAGAAGAAGGAAAAGAAGAAAACAGGGAACGUCAUGUGUCACCUACAGUCGACCCUGAAAUUCCAGAGGUUUCAUCAUACCUUAGGGAGGAACCACAGAUUCAAGAACUUAAAUCUUUCUCUCCCAAGGUGGUCAGCUUAGGGUCAAAGGAAGCAUUGGACCCUCUAGUUGAAGGAGACAGCCCAAAAGAGCUUCAGCCACUUUCUUUUUCUUUAAAACAAUCAUCAGAGAAAUUGAACCAUUCAGCCGACAUUAAAGAGGGAGAAAAACAGGAAAUAAACCCAUUACUGUCAACAGGAAAUUUGAAGACACAAGUGAUAGGACAUGUUGAAACGAAAUUAAAUGAACAAACAGACCAACCAAAUUCAUUCCGUGUGCCCCAGAGUAUAACAGAUCCAUCUAAGAUUGUUUCUUCUGACCUCCUUGUAGAAAAAGAGAAGCCAGGAAAAGCACUUCAUUCAGAACAAGCUGUUAAAUUACCUGAUAUAAGCACAUCUUUUGCAGAUAAACAAGAUCUGGGAGUUAAACAGUUUUUAUUUCUGAAAGAGAAUUUGCCUUUGGAAGAAUCAAAAUCACUUACAACAAAUGAGCCUGAAGAUGUUAAAGAAACACAAGUGAAAGAGGCCCUUAUUUUUCCAAAGGAUAAAAGCUGGAUACUAGAAAAGCCAGAAAGGGAUCUGGCAAGUCAACAUGAAGAAAGAAUAUCAGGAUCUGUGCAGCUGGGUUCCUCUGGCUGUAAUGAUUUGAUGACAGGACAGCUUAAGGCUGUUGUGCCAGAUAAAGACCACACAUGUGAAACCAAAAAGCAGGUUCUGCCACAUUCUACUGAAGUAUCUCCUGUAUCAUUACAAGAGCCAGUAUCUACUCUCAGUACCUUUAGUGGUGACAUAGAGACCUUAUCAACUAAAACUUACUCUUUGGAAGAAACAAAGCUGGCCCCCAAACCAAAAUCUUUAGUUCCAACUGGAAGUGUAGAGAGAAACGAAGCAGAGAGGAAGCAGAUCUUUUCUUUCAUGGGGAGUGAAAGUUUGACAGUGGAAAAAGCAAACGCAGAAUUGUCCAGGCCUUGCAAAGAAGGCAGCCAGGAAGAAAUCAACCUACCUUCCGAAAGAAUCCUCCAGAAAGGAGUGUCUGGCCCAUCAGUGGAACUGAUCAAAUCAGAAAAUAUUCCCUCUCCCUCCAAAGCAGCCCCUUUCCUGGCAGAAGAUGCAGAAUCUGCAUUGGACAGUGAAAAAGAAGCACACAGGAGUAUAUCUUCUUUACCUGGAGAGAAGUCAUUAGAAAAAGAAAAAACGAUUCAGUCAAAGGUUUUAGAUGUUAAUGAGAGAGGGAAACCAGCACCUGAAGUGAAAACACCCACUCCAGUAAAACUCCUCUCUUCGAUCCAAGAAAAUGAACCUCAAUCUGCAGAGCCAUCUGAGGCAACACAAAAAUUGCCUAAGCAGCCAAAGGCAGUUGAGCGAGGCCUUUCUGAGGAGAAGGGAAAGAAAGGAAUCUUAUCAUGGAUGUCCAGUUUGUUUUUUGGAUCAAGGACUCCAGAUGACAGAGUUGCUGAAAAAGAUUUAGAAACUCAGCCAAGUCCAUCUGUAGAAAAAGCAGUGCCUGCGACACUGAAGUCUGAAGGAGCAGCUCCAGCUGACUUUAAUGCAACCAAGACGCCAACUGAUCAUCUGUUACCAGAGACAAAACUUAAACCUGCUGAAAAAUCCAGAGGUACUUUAGUUAAAUCUGGUGAAAGCCAAGACUUUAAAGAAAAAACUACAUUUUUAUCAAAUGUAGAAGUUUUACAACAGCCCCAAUCCAACCUUGAGGUGUCUAGUGAAGACUAUGGGAAAAAAGAAAUCCUAGCGUAUUCAGAAGAAAUGGAUUUAAACUCGGUAGUUACUUCUGCUGAUGGUGAGGAACGUCUUAAAAUUCAAUCUUAUUCUCCCAUGGGUGAGAAAUCCAUGGUGGAAGAAGCACAAAAUGCUGUUCCUCUUAACAUCGCUGAUAGUAAAAGAGCCCAGAAGCCAGAAAUUUCUGCUCCAUCUAAAUGGAAUAUUUCUAUUCUUAAGGAAGAGCCAAAAAGUGAUCAAAAAGAAAAAAUAUGCUUUUCAUUUGAUGCAGUGGAUAAGAUGCCACAACAGCCAAAAUCAGCUUCAUCUAGCUUCACAAGUAAAAAUAUCAUGAAGGAAUCAGAGAAGCCAGAGACAAUAAUUUUGCCAGUAGAAGAAUCUGAACGCAGUUUAAUUGAUCUGGGUGAAGACAGACCGAAGAAAGAAAUGCAAAAACCUACUUCCUUGAAAAUUUAUGAAGAGGAAACAAAACUCAGGUCUGUUAGCCCAACUGAGGAGAAAGGUAACUUGGAAACCAGAUCACAUUCCUUGGCAGAAAAGAAGGUGCUGGCAGAAAAGCAAGAAACUAUGGCCCCGUUAGAAUUUAGAGAUAAUGAAAUAGGGAAGGCACAAAUUGCACGUGGAUCUAGCCCUAUUAAAUUGGAAGAAUCAAAAGCCACAGCUGUGCUUCAGCAAGUCUCUCAAAAUGAAGACCACAAAGAAAGAUACACAAUUAUGGAGGAGGAGAAAGAUGAAAAACAAAAGCAGUCACAAGCAUUUUUAGAAGGAAGAAAGUGGCAGGAAAUUCAACCUUAUUCCUUGAAUGUAGCCAGGUCUAUGCCUGAAGAAUCAGAUAUCUCUUUAAGUCAUUCUUCAGGUGAAACUCAACCACUUUCAUUAGUUAAAACUCUAUCAGUUACUGAAAAAUCAGAAACUGUGCUCUUGGAGGCUCACCCAGAAAUCAGAGAAACAAGGGCAGUAGGAACUCAACCACAUCCAAAAGAAGAAAGUAAAGUUUUGGUGGAAAAAACCAAGACUUUCCUUCCAGUGGAUCUUUCUUAUCAUGAAGAAAUAGAUAAGCAGUCUGUACCUAAGGAAGGAAAUCUGAUAUUGGAAAAGUCAAGCAGGGAGGUGGCAAGUCACAGUGAAGAAAAGGAACAGGUUACAGUGUCAGAGCCAUCAAAAGGUGUUUCAAUAGAUAUCACAAAAGAAAGUAUGAAACAAGGAUCUCCAUCUAAAGAAUCUGAAAGGAUUUUAGAUCAUCCUUUGGAUGAAACAAUGAGCUUAGAAACCCCACCAUCUUUGUUGUCAUCUGUGAAAUCACAAACACUUGUUUCUAGAACUUAUCCAGAAAUCGAUACAGUGAAGAAACAAGAAAUGCCAUGGUCAGAAUUGACUCCAGAUAGGCAUACAGUCCAUACUAUUCAAACAUCUAAAGAUCUAACAUCUGAAAUGACUAAACAAUCUGUUGUUGCUUCAAAUCACCACUUGGAGGCUGUGGAAGAUGCCCAUGUAAAUGAACCAAGCUCUUCAGUGAGCAGCAGCUAUGCUCGAUUUAUAAAGGAUGCAUCAUCAAUUGAUGCUGAUAAAAUGGUUCCUUCUAGAGAAAUUUCCAAGGAACCUGAAGACACGUAUGUAAAAGAUGAAGAAUUUACAAUGACUAGCAAACCAGCUGGACUUUCAGAAGAUCAAAAGAGUGCCUUCAGUAUUAUUUCUGAAGGCUGCGAGAUAUUGAAUAUUCAUGCUUCUGCAUUUAUUUCUUCUGUUGAUCAGGAAGAAAGUGAACAAAUGCAAGAUAAAUUAGAAUAUUUGAAAGAGAAGGCUUCAUUUAAAACAAUAUCUCUUCAUGACAAUAGUGAGGCAGUCUCUUGCCAUAAAACAUUAAAGAGUAAGUUAGAAGAUUCUGAUCAAGUUAUAUCACUGCAAGAAAAUAAACAAAAGGCAUCUUUUAACACAGAAGGGGAGAUGCCCACCUAUUCAGAAACUGAUGAUUUCACCUUUAAUCAGCCUGCAGCUCCCAGUGAAGAAGAUUAUUUUGAAAAAUAUACAUUGAUUGAUUAUAACAUCUCCCCAGACCCAGAAAAACAGAAAGCUCCAUGGAAAUUAAAUGUUGAAGUGGAACUCUCAAAGCAGGUUACAGAAGAUACUGGCUCUUUCCCAGAAAGUUCAGAGGAAAGUGCCCUGGAACAUGAAUAUGACUUGCUGAAGUUAGAUGAAAGCUUCUAUGGGAUGGAAAAGGACGACAGCAAAUUAUCUCACCCAGAGACCCGGAAGCAUUUGGAUAUCCAGCAAUCAGCUGACAGAGAUGUUCCAAAGAGCAUAAAUAGAGAUGUGGACUUAAAGUCACCUGGGAUGCCAUUAUUUGGUGCAGAAGAAGGAGUUUUGUCACGAACCCAGAUAUUUCCUACCACCACUAAAGCCAUUAAUCCUGAACUUCUGGAGGAGCCACCUGCACUCGCAUUUUUAUACAAGGAUCUGUAUGAAGAAGCAGUUGGGGAGAAAAAGAAGGAAGGGGAGACAGCUUCUGAAGGUGACAGUGUGAAUUCUGAGGCAUCAUUUCCAAGCAGGAACUCUGACACUGAUGAUGGAACAGGAAUAUAUUUUGAGAAGUAUAUACUCAAAGAUGACAUUCUCCAUGACACAUCUGUAACUCAAAAGGACCAAGGCCAAGGUCUGGAAGAAAAAGCAGUUGGUAAGGAUGAUUCAUACCAACCAGUAGCUGCAGAAGGGGAAAUUUGGGGGAGGUUUGGAACUAUUUUGGGGGAGAAGAGUCUGGAAGAGGAACAGAAAGCUAUGUAUAGGGAAGGAGAAUCAGUAGGCUAUGUGGGGCCUCUUGACAAUGAAGCUAUGCAUGGAAAAGUUCCCGUAACUGAAGAAGUCACAGUGGUUACCCAGAAGGUAAGCUAUGCGAUUCCAUUUGAAGACACCCAUCAUGUCCUGGAGAGAGUAGAUGAAACAAACAGUCAGAGUAAUGAAGCAGAAAAUGCAAGUCCAGAAGUCAGUCUGAAUGUCCCAGUACAGGUGUCCUUCCCAGAGGAAGAAUUUGCGUCUGGCCUAGCUUGUGUUCAAGAAACACUGCAAGAAUCUAAAGUAAUAGUCCCGCCUGAGCCAAGUGAAGACAGGCUCCACCGUAGCCCUGUUCAGGAUGAGUAUGAAUUUGCUGAAUCCCUGAAUUAUGAAAUGGUUGUUCAAGACACUUUAUCAGAGGAACUAUAUUCAGAAUCCACACCUGAAGAUGUGUUAUCUCAAGGAAAGGAAUCCUUCGAACACAUCAGUGAAAAUGAAUUUGUGAGUGAGGUAGAACAAAGUAUGUCUGCUGAACAGAAGGAGCUGGGUAGGGAGAGGACAGAACAAGAACAAUUAUCAUCAGAGUUAGCAACUGAGAAGGAACAAAAGGAACUGAAAAAGUCCCAGAUCGACACGUACUGUUACACUUGCAGAAGCCCGAUUUCUGCUGUUGACAAGAUGUUUGGUGCCCACAAAGACCACGAGGUUGCAACACUUGAUACAGCUAUAAGUGCUGUAAAGGUCCAAUUAGCAGAAUUUCUAGAUAAUUUACAAGAAAAGUCCCUGAGGAUUGAAGCCUUUGUUAGUGAGAUAGAAUCUUUUUUUAAUACCAUUGAGGAAAACUGUAGUAAAAAUGAGAAAAAGCUAGAAGAACAGAAUGAGGAGAUGAUGAAGAAAGUUUUAGCACAGUAUGAUGAGAAAGCCCAGAGCUUUGAGGAAGUGAAGAAAAAGAAGAUGGAGUUCUUACAUGACCAGAUGGUCCACUUUCUGCAGAGCAUGGACACGGCCAAGGACACCCUGGAGAGCAUCGUGAGAGAAGCAGAGGAGCUCGACGAGACUGUUUUCCUGACUUCAUUUGAGGAAAUCAAUGAAAGGUUGCUGUCUGCAAUGGAGAACACAGCUUCUUUAGAGAAAAUGCCUGCUGCAUUUUCAUUGUUUGAACAUUAUGAUGACAGCUCAGCAAGAAGUGACCAGAUGUUAAAACAAGUGGCUGUUCCACAACCUCCUAGAUUAGAACCUCAGGAACCCAAUUCUGCCACUAGCACAACAAUUGCAGUUUAUUGGAGCAUGAACAAGGAAGACGUCAUUGACUCAUUCCAGGUUUACUGCAUGGAGGAACCACAAGAUGACCAAGAAGUGAACGACUUGGUGGAAGAAUACAGAUUGACAGUGAAAGAAAGCUACUGCAUUUUUGAAGAUCUGGAACCUGGCCGUUGCUAUCAAGUGUGGGUAAUGGCUGUGAACUUCACUGGAUGUAGUCUGCCGAGCGAAAGGGCAGUUUUUAGAACAGCACCCUCCACCCCUGUAAUCCGCGCCGAGGACUGUACUGUGUGUUGGAACACAGCCACCAUCCGAUGGCGGCCUGCCAACCUGGAGGCCACUGAGACCUACACUCUGGAGUACUGCAGACAGCACUCUCCCGAGGGUGAGGGCCUGAGAUCCUUCUCUGGAAUUAAAGGACUCCAGCUGAAAGUUAACCUCCAACCCAAUGACAAUUACUUUUUCUACGUGAGAGCCAUCAAUGCAUUUGGGGCAAGCGAGCAGAGUGAAGCUGCCCUCGUUUCCACCAGAGGAACCCGAUUUCUUCUGUUGCGAGAAACGGCUCAUCCUGCCCUGCAGAUUUCCUCAAAUGGGACAGUGAUCAGCUUCGCUGAGAGGAGACGGCUGACAGAAAUCCCCUCAGUGCUGGGUGAGGAGCUGCCUGCCUGUGGCCAGCAUUACUGGGAAACCACAGUCACAGACUGCCCAGCUUACCGACUUGGCAUCUGCUCCCGUUCAGCUGUGCAGGCUGGUACCCUGGGACAAGGGGAGUCUUCGUGGUACAUGCACUGCUCUGAGCCACAGAGAUAUACAUUCUUCUACAGUGGCAUUGUGAGCGAUGUGCAUGUGACUGAGCAUCCCGCCAGGGUGGGCAUUCUGUUGGACUACAAUAACCAGAGGCUUCUCUUCAUUAAUGCUGAAAGUGGACAGUUGCUCUUCAUCAUCAGGCACAGGUUUAAUGAGGGUGUUCACCCUGCCUUUGCCCUGGAGAAACCUGGAAAAUGUACUUUGCACCUGGGGAUUGAGCCCCCAGAUUCUGCGAGGCACAAGUGAUUGUUGGCUUUCAGAGUUUGCAAGAAGAAUAAUUCAAAUUUUGGGGGUCUAUUGUUCUUUCCCUUGGGUGCUAUAUAUUCAAAACGUCUCCCAUACAUUUGCACUAAUGAUAGCUACAUGCACAGUGAUCAGCACGCGAGCAAAACCACCAAGGAAACGUUGACUUUCUAGGUAGCGUUUGAGUAAAGACGAUGGAAAAACAACUUCUACCCUUUGCUUUAUGUAUGUUUGCGUUCUCCCCUAAAUUAAAAGAAUUUAUACCUGAUUUGGGCACCAGAAUAGAGAAGUGGUCUUCCACCUGUUUUAUCCGUGAUGGACAGACAGGAUAUCCUUCUCUGACAAGAAACAUGGGCUUUUUCCAUAAGAAAGAUGUCACCUCACUCCAUUAACGGAUGUUGGAUUCUAAUCAUUAGAGAAGGAGUUUU